UAGAAGAAACAGCUUAAGGAAUCUCUCUUCUUUUUCUUCUUCUUCAUCUUCUUCUUCUAUUUCCAUGUCUUCUCCAAGAUCUGUUGUUACUGCUGCUGGAAAGUACUAUGAUGGUAGACUUGAUGAACCCCAACAACAAUAUUUCUUAGAUGCUUGUUUCCUUUGUAAGAAACGCCUUGCUGAUAACUGUGACAUCUUCAUGUACAGAGGGGACACACCAUUCUGUAGUGAAGAGUGCAGACAACAACAGAUAGAAAUGGAUGAAGCUAAAGAGAAAAAAUUAAACAUUUCUUCCAUUAAAGCCAUGAGAGAAAAGGAGAAGAACAAAUCCACUUCCCCCAACAAAACUUCAGAAGAUUACCCUUUCAGACCUGGAACUUUUGCUGCUGCUUGACCAAACUAAAAUGGAUCUUCUUUGAGAAAGUUCUAGAAUGUUCAUCCACCACAAUAUCUAUAAAUAGUAAAGAAAAUACUAUAUUUGAAGAAAAAAAAAGUGGGAUGGAGAAGAAGAAGAAAGAAUAUAUACAGAAGAGUUUCCUUUUUAAUUUUAUUUUUUUGGUUUAUGAAAAGUAAAUGUUGAAAGUGGAGAGGAGGCUUUGUUUUGGCUAGUAAUGCUCUCUGAAAAGGUGGAAAAGAGUGAUGACUUUUUUUUUUUUGUGGGUUUGGCCCAAGUUUUUUGGUGCCCCUUUUGGGGUUUCUCUUGGGUUUUUCACUGUGGAAUAAGAAGCAAUAACAAGGAAAGUUCUCUUUUCACUA